GCGUUUCUGUGAUUGGCUAAAUAACAUUUCCAUGUUUACAUCAUUGUAGUGCCUCUAAACAACAAGCCAAUACAUUUAAGUGUCUUCUGUGAGUAUACAUUUCUCUCUGUAUACCUUGUCAUUGUUUAACAUGUGAGAAUAAUCGCGUUAGAUAAGUUUUAUUUCAACUAGUCAAGGUUUUUAUGAGUAUUGGUAACAUUUCACACCAAACAGCAGCCGGUGUUAGCUAGCACCUGGUGGAUGGCAGGUGGCGGUCAAACCUGAGGAACAAGACGGUUGUAGCGUCAUUUUGUGAGAACCAGUUCAUUUAGCGCAGCUCACAGAGAUGCCGCCGAACAAAAGGAUUCAGAAAAAAACUCUGAAACUGGACUGUGAAUGGGGCUCCUGUCAGGAGACUUUCAGUCAGAUGGAGAACUUCUGCAAACACGUCGAGGGUCACCUGAGCACCGUGAACAUGGCGGAGGACGUUGAAGACGAGGAUGGAAUGCAAAACUGUCUCUGGAGAGAUUGUGGUUUCUGCUCUGCCGAUGGUCCUGAGGAGUUGCGACGGCAUGUGUUUUUUCACUGUUAUCACAUUAAACUGAAGCAGCUUGGUCAGCAGGUGCUCAAUGCCCAACCAGAAAUUGGCUCUUGCUCCAUUGGAUACCACAACCGGAACAUCAUCCCUGAUAUCCCAGACAAUUUUAUCUGUCUCUGGGAGGAUUGUGAGCAAUCACCUUAUGAAAACCCAGAAUGGUUUUAUCGCCACGUAGAGAUGCAUAGCCUGUGUGUAGAUAUACCAGCAGGCGAGUGUGAUUUCCCAAUACGUUGUGGAUGGAAAGAUUGUGAAGCUACCGCUAAAGGACGUCCUAAGCUGAGGGAACACCUGCGCAGCCACACCCAAGAAAAAGUAGUGGCAUGUCCAGGCUGUGGCGGCAUGUACGCUAGCAACACUAAGUUAUUUGACCACAUCAUAAGACAAAGUGCCAUGGAAGGUCAGAGAUUCCAGUGUUCACAUUGUUCCAAACGUUUUGCAACAGAAAGACUACUGAGAGACCACAUGAGGACCCAUGUGAGUCAUUACAAAUGCCCACUGUGUGACAUGACUUGUCCAUCACCAUCCUCACUGCGUAACCAUAUUAAAUUCCGCCACAGUAAUGAGAAGCCAUACAGCUGUGAAUACUGCGAAUACAGCUGUAAGAAUCUGAUUGACUUGCGUAAACACCUGGACACACACAGCAGUGAACCAGCAUUCCACUGUGACUUUCCUGGCUGUGGCUUCACCUCACGUACGCUUUGCACCAUGAAGAUUCACCACAAAAGAGAACAUGAGGGGGAUUUUGUUGCCCGGUACAAAUGCCAUGUGUGUGGACAGUGCUUCACCAGGGGGAACAAUCUAACUGUUCAUCUGCACAAAAAGCACCAGUUCAAAUGGCCUUCUGGGCACCCCAGGUUCAGGUACAAGGAACAUGAGGACGGGUUUAUGCGGCUGCAGCUGAUUCGUUAUGAGAGUGUAGAACUUACAGAACAGCUGAUGAGGGAAAAACAAAAUGGACAGUCAGUGGAGGAGGAGGGCAGUGGCCAGGAGAUGUGUGAGGCAUCAUCAGUCCCUACAGAGAUGCAGGUUGAACUGAGGGGAGUGCUGCUAGAGGAGCAGAGGACUGAGGAAGUGGUCAGCAGCACAGAGCAGGGCGCUCAGGAACAGGACAUGCUGUAUGUUUUCACCGGAGAUUUGCCGCCAGCAGGGGAGGACACUGUAAUGUUGCAGCUCCAGGACUCUGCUCAGGAGCAAGGAAUUCCAGUGGUUUGACUUCCAGACCUGAGUGAACACACUGUACACAAAUGAACAUUUUGUACCAUUUCCUGAAGACAUAAUUAACAUAUCAUGUGAAGGAUCAUCACAAAAAUGUUGCACUGAUUUUAAGAAGAAAUCUAAUAAAAGUCUAAAUAACAGAAAUGAUGCAUCAUAAUUAUAAGCCUGUAAUAGGUGACAAACCUGUACCUCAUGAUUACUUUCUGUUCAUUGUAUCUUGUGUUGCAACAUCAUCAAACAUGCAUACUAAAGCUGAAUUUCCUAGUUCCACCAA